CCAGCCCUAAGAGCACGAAAAGAUCCAACGGCUAAGAGAACCUUAUCCUCCUCACAGCCCGCCUAUAUCAGCCACAGAGCUUGUGCUUUCCCCGUGCCACUCACUCUCCAUCGCUGCUAGGGUUUUACAUUUUUCUCACCAACCUACAACCAGCUUGGAAGGACGUUUGACCAUGGGGAAGUGCUACCCUACCGUGAGCGAAGAGUACAAGACGGCUAUCGACAAGGCCAGGAGGAAGCUCAGAGGUCUGAUCGCCGAGAAGAACUGUGCUCCUCUCAUGCUUCGUAUUGCAUGGCAUUCGGCCGGAACUUACGAUACGAAGACGAAGACCGGAGGGCCGUUCGGAACCAUGAGGUGCCCGGCUGAGCAAGCUCACGGGGCCAACAAUGGCCUCGACAUUGCCGUCAGGCUCUUGGAGCCCAUCAAGCAACAGUUCCCUAUUCUCUCUUACGCUGACUUCUACCAGUUGGCCGGUGUUGUUGCUGUUGAGAUUACUGGUGGGCCUGAUGUCCCAUUCCACCCAGGAAGGAAGGAUGCCCCCGAGCCACCCCCAGAGGGCCGUCUUCCUGAUGCUACCAAGGGUUCUGAUCAUUUGAGGGAUGUCUUCAGCAAAACCAUGGGCCUCAGCGACAAGGAUAUUGUUGCUCUCUCCGGUGGUCACACCCUGGGAAGGUGCCACAAGGAGCGAUCUGGAUUUGAAGGACCUUGGACUCCCAACCCCCUUAUCUUCGACAACUCCUACUUCACGGUGCUUCUUGGUGGAGACCAGGAAGGUCUUCUAAUGCUUCCAAGUGACAAGGCUCUUCUGGAUGACCCUGUCUUCCGCCCUCUUGUGGAAAAAUAUGCUGCGGAUGAAGAUGCCUUCUUCGCUGACUAUGCUGAAGCUCACAUGAGGCUCUCUGAGCUCGGGUUUGCUGAGGCCUAAGCAGAGUCGGGAGAACCAAAAGGGAUGAUGUCGAUGCUUGCGUGCCUUUGCUUUUGUUUUUCGGAUGCCUCUUAGUUGUGAGGUUUUAGGCAGUUGGUAUUUUUCUUAUUUUUAUUGGGGUUUAGGUAAGAAGUUGGGACUUCUGGUUCGGUUUGAAGAACGAAUGCUUUUAAAUUGGACAGAAUGCUCUGGUAAUCAUCCUUGUAGAUUGAAUAAAGCCGUCAUUUUCAAUUCA